AUGCCCGAUAGUUUGGAUCAAAUCGUAGAAUCCUCCGAAGCGGAACGGCUGGCCACCGGGUUCGAGUUCACCGAAGGGCCCCUAUGGCAUCCGGAUGGCUACCUGUUGUUCGUGAACAACCGAAUCAACGUCAUCUAUCGCCUGACGCCCGGCGGCGAGCCCGAGGUCAUACGGGAAAACAGCGGGGCCGCCAAUGGUCUGACCUUCGACCUCCAGGGCCGUCUGAUAAUGUGCGAAGGGGACAACCGGCAGAUAACCCGUUGGGAACCCGACGGGUCCAUCACCGUAAUCGCCGACCGCUGGGAGGGCAAGCGGCUACACCGGCCCAACGAUGUGGUGUGCCGCUCCGACGGAAGCAUCUACUUCACCAGCCCCGGCCUUCGCCUGCCCCCGGAAGAGCGGGAAAUCGACUUCCACGGCAUCCACCGCAUCGCGCCCGACGGCACGGUGACCGCCGUGAUCACCGACCUGGAAUCGCCCAACGGCCUGGCCUUCUCUCCCGACGAAACUAUCCUGUACGCCGACAACACCCGCCGCGGCGACGAAUGUGCCGCGGAGAAGGAGCGGGGGGAGGUUUGUACUCACCAGUACAUCCGGGCCUACGACGUGGCCCCAGAUGGCUCGGUGAGCAAUAGUCGGCUGUUCGCCAACAUGCACUCGGCGGAGGACGGCGUCCCCGAUGGGAUAAGGUGA